ACACAUCUUAUAAUAUUUCUACAUAUCUCCGAGAUGGGUAGUGUUAACAGUGAAGGUUUCUCAGUGAAGGUGAUAAAGACAGAAGUAGUGGCAGCAGACCAACCGUGGCAUGACCACUGGCUACCCUUUACGAACCUAGAUUUGCUGGUGCCACCCUUUGACGUGGGUUCUUUCUUCUGUUACAAGAAAUCCAAAGAUGAUGAUGAUGGUGUGACCACCAUGGACAUGGUAGAUGCUCUCAAGACUUCUUUAUCUCAAACACUCGUACUAUUCUAUCCACUUGCCGGAGAGAUCGUCCACAAUGCCGCCGGUGAGCCUGAGAUUCAUUGCAACAAUCGAGGUGUCGACUUUAUCCAAGCUGCGGCCGAUGUCGACCUCCGGGACCUCAACGUUUACGAUCCUAAUGAGAGCAUAGAUGGAAAACUAAUGCCCCCCAGGCACCGUGGGGUGCUUGCCAUUCAGAUCACAACUUUGAAAUGUGGGGGAAUGGUGAUCGCAUGCAUGUUUGAUCAUCGAGCAGCAGACGGGUAUUCGGCCAGCAUGUUCGUCUCAUCCUGGGCAGAUAUGAAUCGAUCCGUCCGACCAACUUCCUUGCCCUCCUUUCGACGUUCGGUCCUCAACCCUAGGCGCCCAACCCUCUAUUCAACUUCAGUCGCCAACCUGUUUCUUCCCCUUUCUGAUCUCCCACCGUUACUUCAAACCCAUCCCAAAAGUGAAUCACCAGAACCAGAUCAAUUCGACUCGCAUCUUAUAAGUCGUAUCUACUAUAUGGAGGGUGAGGAGCUUAAGAGACUCCAGUUUUUGGCCAGCGAAAAUGGAUGCCAAAGGUCGAAACUAGAGUCGUUUACCUCGUUCUUAUGGAAGAUUACAGCAUCGUUCUUGGAGGAAUCGGGCCAUCUUGACCAUAUGUGCAAGAUCGCAGUUGCUGUCGAUGGAAGGCAAAGGUUAAGCGAGGGAGAAGGGGUCGAGAAACAAACACUAAUGGCUACACACUUCGGUAACGUUUUAUCUAUCCCAUUCGGAGGGAUCCGAUCAAAGGAUUUGAAAGACAUGCCAUUGAGUGUGGUGGCAAACCAGGUUCACGACUUCUUGAAAAGUGCAGCCACGAAGAACCACUUUCUGGAGUUGAUAGAUUGGGUGGAGGAUCAACGACCAAAAGCAUUGAUGUCAAGGCCGUUUGCCAGAACGGAGAGGGAGUUUGCCAUCAUGGUAUCAUCAGGACAGAGGCUUUCGAUCAUGGGUAAGAUGGAUUUUGGAUGGGGGAAGCUGGCGUUCUGUUCAUGCCAUGUGCCAUCGGCCAGGACCGACUGUUACGUCAUGACGAUGGGAAGUCCGAUCAACGACAACGAUUGGGUUGUCUACAUGCAUUUGCCGACGAAGCUUUUGCACUAUAUGGAGACACGUGCCAGUCACGUGUUCAAACCCUUGACCUCUGAUUACCUUAAAUUGAGUUUGUGAAUUUUGUUGUUUAAUUUAUCCUUCAAUGCUUAAUGUCCUAAUGUAUAUUUUUACUUGUAACCGCUUUCUAUGAAUAGCUUUCAUUA